CACAUCCUUUUUGUUUUUGUUUGUGUCUCAUUCCAAAGUAUUUUUGCAGUCUUUCACACUUAAAAGCUCUAAUCACCUACUGCAAUUUACCAUUUCUUCUUCUUCUUCUCCCCUUUCAUUUCUGGGGUCUUUUUGAUUGAUGGAUGGCUGGAUUCUGAUCAAUCUCACGUAAAUAAAAAAAAAAAAAGAAUUAUAUUUAUCCAAAACGCAAUAACCCAAAUCUUUACAACCUCGUAUAUUUGUUGAUUGAUUUUGGUUUUGGGGGGAGGAUGGCAUCUUCAUCAAUGGUGAGUCCGGUAUGCACUUGUUUGGUCGCUGGUUGCAUGUCUGUCACGUGCGGGAAAGACCAGUCACAGUCAUCAUUUCUCCGUUCAUCAGCCUUUGCUUCUUCUUCUAAGAGACACGGUCGUUGGGCUCGCACUAGAAGGAGAGCUCUUCUUUCUCAAUGCAGCGGCAGAGGCAAUGGCUCAACCAAAAACCAAGACGGGAGCAUGAUUUCAGCGUUUUAUGGAUUCGGCAUUCAAGGCUUGAUGGCUUCCUGGUUAACUUUUGAGCCCUGUAAUGACUACUAUUCCUCCAAAAAUUGCAGCCUUUUUGGUCAAAAUAGAAGCUUUUCUUAUUUCUUUGGACCCAAAAUCCUUCCCAAUCGCAAGCAAAGAAGACUCAAUGGAGGAGCUGCCUGUUCUGGAGAAGCCAUGGCUGUAGCUCCGCAACCCACUAGGGAAAUCACGACAAAAAAGAAACCUCCUACGGACCAAAGACGAGUUGUUGUGACAGGGAUGGGAGUGGUAACUCCACUUGGACAUGACCUCGAUGUCUUCUACAACAAGUUGCUAGAGGGUUCUAGUGGAAUAAGUGAAAUUGAGACUUUUGACUGUGCCCAGUUUCCAACCAGAAUUGCUGGAGAGAUAAAAUUUGUCUCGGCUGAUGGUUGGGUUGCACCAAAACUCUCCAAGAGGAUGGACAAAUUCAUGCUUUAUAUGCUUAUUGCUGGGAAAAAAGCCCUGAAAGAUGGUGGAGUAACUGAAGAUGUAAUGGAUGAGUUAGAUAAAGCGAAAUGUGGAGUUUUAAUUGGUUCAGCAAUGGGUGGCAUGAAGGUUUUCAAUGAUGCAAUUGAAGCAUUGAGGAUCUCAUACAAGAAGAUGAAUCCUUUUUGUGUACCAUUUGCAACUACAAAUAUGGGUUCUGCAAUGCUUGCAAUGGAUUUGGGUUGGAUGGGUCCUAACUAUUCAAUAUCCACUGCAUGUGCAACAAGCAACUUUUGCAUAUUAAAUGCGGCAAACCACAUCAUUAGCGGUGAAGCUGAUAUGAUGCUUUGUGGUGGCUCCGAUGCUGCAAUUAUACCGAUUGGAUUGGGAGGAUUUGUGGCAUGCAGAGCACUCUCUCAGAGGAACAACGACCCUACCAAAGCUUCACGCCCUUGGGAUAUUAAUCGUGAUGGAUUUGUCAUGGGGGAAGGUGCUGGGGUUCUACUUUUAGAAGAAUUGGAGCAUGCUAAGAGGAGAGGUGCAACCAUCUAUGCAGAAUUUUUGGGUGGAAGCUUCAAUAGUGAUGCUUAUCACCUGACUGAACCACAUCCUGAUGGAGUUGGUGCCAUUCUCUGCAUAGAAAAGGCGUUGGCUCAGUCUGGUGUAGCUAGAGAAGAUGUAAAUUACAUUAAUGCUCAUGCAUCAUCUACAGCAGUUGGAGACAUUAAAGAAUUCCAGGCUCUCCUACAUUGCUUUGGCAAGAAUCCCAAGUUAAGGGUGAACUCUACAAAGUCAAUGACUGGUCACUUAUUGGGAGCUGCUGGUGCUGUUGAAGCUGUUGCAGCAAUUCAAGCAAUACGGACUGGUUGGGUCCAUCCAAACAUCAAUCUGGAAAACCCUGAUGAAGGAGUGGAUGCAAACGUGCUUGUGGGACCAAAGAAAGAAAGAUUGAAUGUAAAGGCAGCAUUAUCAAACUCCUUCGGGUUUGGCGGCCACAACUCCUCCAUCAUUUUCAUGCCAUACAAAUAAAAUAGUUCAACCAUUUCUCUUCUAGUUUUUUCUCUGAUCUGGUUGAAGGUAUGUAAACCUCUUUAAGGAAAUUAUAGAAUAUAAAUGUAUAUAAUAUCAGUUCAGUUACCCAUCAGCAAUUUGGAAACUGUUAAAGCUAUCAACUACCAUGCAAGGUAGCCAGGAAAUAUAAUCUAUAGACAAACAUCCACCUUCGAGAGGGUUACUAUACAAAGAAUGGAUGGGCAUAUAGUCGAAGCUUUAGAAAAGUUGUAAGGAGUAAAAAGAGACGGGCUCACCAUGGUGUACGCAGUUGUUGUUUCUGAAGUUUCUCUUGAUAUUUAGCUACAAUUGAGCUUUUAGUCAUGUUUUUAGUUGACAUAGGCCAUUGAAUCAAUAGAUGUGGCAAAUGUAGUUACCGGUCUCGUAAUAUUCUUUAUCAUCUACAACAACAAUGGCUAAUUUUGAGCUGGCAGCAUUGCCGGUCACACUUUGUAGAUUAGUGGUUUUAUGACUUUACGGUAAUGAAAGCUUGUUUUGGUCUC